AUGGCACCCAGCAUGCUGUCUCCCCACCUCCCGGCUGCGGCUGCCCUCACCAUGCCCGAUGACCCUUCCUCAAGUUAUUUCAGUCGCAGCGUCAGUGCUUCAUACUCAAACCACCAUGAGGAAGAGUUCUCCGGCAGUGUGAUCGGGAGUCGCCAGCUGUCUUUUGGCCCUCCGUCCACAACAAGGAAGGUGUCCACGGCCAGCGUGUCCAACCUUUCUCAUCUUGUUCACUCCAUUAGACAACGUAGCUAUGACGAGCUUGGCCGCGCCAUCCUCAGUUCCACAUAUGAUUCACUGCGUGAGUGGAUCAGCGAACAGCGCAUGAGUGAACUGCCCCCGGAAGGAAGCAGUUACGACAAGGUACUCGCGUGGGCCCAACUCUUUGCUGACCGGCUGCACUCUUUCGAGUACGCCGUCCAAGAGAUUGCUGGCGACAGCUACCUCGCCGCACAGCUUAGCUAUGGUUACUGUUCAUUACUACUGGAUCUUGGCCAGCAGAACGCGCGAGCCUUGAUGGUCUCGUUUGGAUUCUUCUACAACAUGUCGAUCCCGCUGGUCGAUCUCCUCCAGCGUACCGAGCUGUUUGGCGCCUCGCGCGAGAUCCGCGACCAUGUCAUCAUGGCGCUUUCCGAUCUGGUCACCCUGGUCGCCAGCGUUGCAACGCACUUCCACGGGCUGAUCAACAACUUGACGAAAACUUCGGUUUCUGUCAAUGUCUAUUCAACGUUUGCCGGCCAGAUCAAGGCAUUCCUCGGCCGGUGCGAAAUGACCUCUGAGCUCAUGUGGACGCAUCAACUGCAGAAAGAAAGAAUAGAUGGUAGCAAAUUCGCAAGCAUUAAGCAUGUGCGAAGGUGGCUGGCGCCUGAGGACCAUGUCCUCGAGCAUCUCGCCGACUCAGCCUCCCACCUGGCCCAUGAGAGGGAGGAGCUGACGUGCCUGUACAUCGGCACUCAUCUUACGCGAUUUCUGAGAGGACCGCAGAAGAUCAUGUCCCUGCAUGGUGCACCUGGCUCGGGAAAAUCCGUAUUGGCUUCUGUCAUCGUUGACUAUCUGCAGCGGCCCAUUGCUGGCAUCAAGUAUAACACGCUCUUCGUGGCCAUCGACUCGAGAAUUCCAGUUGAGGCUAUGCAGCGAGGAAUCGCUCGGUGUCUCCUCAACCAGCUAUUCCAGCGAUGCAUUGGAGAUGUGAACCUUCUUAAAGUCCUCGCGGACGCGCACGAACGGUCCCUCAAGUCUACCACUGACGAGGCUUACAACGACAUUCUCUGGAAGGCACUUGCGCGGGCCGUGUCCAUUGCCACUAGUAGCCUCCCGCAGCUCGUUCUUGUUGUGGACGGGCUGGACGAGUGCAAAGGUGGCGAGGGUGCCCUUUACCAGCGUUUACGCUCAAUCUGCACGACCAAAGGCGUCAGUCCAAUCAAGUUGAUCGUCACGGGCGCGCAGGCCCAUCAGGACACGCACGCCGUCCAUCUGGACGAGGACCUCAUUUUCGAUGACAUUAUGAAGGUCAUUGACGACUACUUUGGCGGCUGGAAGCUAUACGUGUCGAUGAGCGAAGCCGACCGAGACGCUCUCGUUGAUCGUAUCGUUACUGCGUCCAAGGGUAGUUUCGUUUGGGCCAAGCAGGCCAGUCGACUACUUCGUCGUGAAGAGUCAGCCGAAGCCGUGUCGGCUGCGCUGGACAAGAUCGAGAAGUCUACAGUAUUCGACUUUGUCCGCAACACAUUGUCGGCGCCCGAGGUUACGGAGCAGGCUCGCAUGUUGUUGACCUGGAUGGUUACUUCUGAGCGCCCUCUCAGCGUCGGUGAGCUGGCGAUACUCGCAACUGUUAACGUCGAGAAAAAGACCUUGGAUUCCGGAGUCAAGAUCAACGUUAACGGCAUCCUCAACCCUGCUUGGUCUCUGUUGCAUCAGCAGGACGGGCUUGUACACUUCCGCCAUGCAACCUUCCGCCAAGCAACCAUCGAGUACCUGGCUACUGCCAAGGGAGCGAUUAAGGACCGCCAUGGUGACUUUGCAGUAAGACUGCUGGUAUACAUCAGCUCUACCGUCACGGAAGAACACAAGUGUUCUCUCACGAUCCUGGGCAGCCAGACAGUUCACCAGCUUACGACUAGGAGCCACCUACUAGACUUUGCUGUCUGCUACUGGCCCACGCAUUUGCGCAAAAGCCUGGCAUACCAUCAAGCCACAGAGAACGGCGACAGCAAUGCUGCCAGGCUUGUCGCCAAGUUCUUGCCCCAGAAUAUGACAGUGUGGCUGCUGCAAGCGGCGCUAUGGGAGCACCGGCCAACCCCAGUCCUGCUGACGCUUUACAGCAUGCUGUCAACUAUUUGCCGAGAGUUAUUCACCACAAAGAGUGUUGUAACACUCCAGGUGCUUAUCUUCUUGGGCAACGUGUACCGGCAGGUAGACUUCACCCCCGACGCAAUUACAUGCUUCCACGAGGCGGCAACAAUCUCCCAUGCGCUUCUGACUACCAAUUCCGCUAUUACCGUACAUCUCUCCAAGGUCUUCCUCGAGCUUACGAGCGCACUCCUGACCAGUGCCAGGACGGACGUCAUGCUCCACCGAGAGCAGGUCUUGCGAAUUCUGGUUGAAUGCUAUACUGUCCAGUACGGCGAGAGUUCUGAGUACGUCGUCAGCACCUACCAAAUGCUCAUCGACCAUUAUCGGCUGCUCAAGGAUGAGAAGAAAGCCGAAGCCAUUCUUGUCAAAAUCCGGAUUAUCACGGGCAAAAGUGAUAUCCCCACAGCGGAUGACAAGCACAUGGACGGGAGUCUGGAAGUUCAUCUACGCGGCCGCAAGGGCCACCCACAUGGGUCUGACGUCGGCAUCAUCCUGAGUCUCGAUGAAGAGGACUGCGAUGAGUCUCUCGACUUUCAUGGAGGCGUGCACUGGGAAUUUGAGGUGCUCCUGCUGAGGGCGCAAGAGUAUCUGGAGCAAGGGCGGAUUGAACUCGCCGAACACACCUAUGUCGAGAUCUGGGAGCAUGUCAACCGAGAAUUCCGCAUCUCGCAUUCGUCGAUCUGGGAGGAGCGCAAGUUACGCACUGUUGUGUGCUAUGCGCGAUUCCUCAUGACGCAAGAGACCCGUGUCGAGUAUGCCAGGAGUAUCCUGUCCAUUGCGUACGCGGAGUUCAAGUCCACAACAGUGGUUAUCACGGAAGAGACGAGCUCGUGGUAUCUUGAGAUCUCGGCUAUGAUGAAGACUAUGGGACUCGUCUCCGAGUCGCUCACAAUCAUGAAGCGUGUCUCAAGCUUUUUCCAGAGCACAAGAAAGACCGAGACCUCUGUAUACAAGGAGCUUCAGAUCACCAUCGAAUCCACCUCGGAGGAGAUCUUCAAGUCAAUCAGCAGUACUUCCAGCACUACCACCACUAUCUCUGAGGAGAUGAUUGAAGAGAUGGUUCUGGAGCAGAGCAAGUCCAUCACAACCAUCGAGCAGACAACCUUUACUGCAACAUUCAGUCUCGUUCGCAUCUACAUAGCCGAACACCGGUGGCACGACAGCUCUCGUCUCUUGAAACAGAUUCUGCGCGGGAUCUGGCCGUCCUUAUUUGCGGCAAACAUCCAGGACGUCAUCGCUCCUGCCAAGCACGUUGAGCACUGCGUCGACAUGGCCACCCGUCUCGCCGAGUGCUAUCGGCAUCGUCGUCGCAAAGCCAAGGAGGGAGAUAUCAGGGUGCGCGUGUACAGAGCCAUGCGGUCUUGCCGCAAGGUCGACAGCAAGCUCCGCGGGCAGGCCACGCACGCACUGGUACACUUCCUCAAGUGCGCUGAACAGACCGAACAGCUUAUCGUUACCCAUCAGGAGAUUCUCGAUGACUACACCUGCCACUACGGCAGUGGCCAUGCACUUGUCGUCAAACAACUGUGGAUAUUAGCCGAGCUCACCCGUCCCAGGCCCAUUUACAUUGAGUACUACCAGAAGAUCAUCCGGGCGCUCCACAAAGACAACGACAAGGGCAUUAUUGUCUGCCAUGACGCCUUUGAGCCUUUCAUCAUCGUGGCUACGGAGCUGUACAGCAAGGGUCAGUUUACGGAGGCUUUGUCGUACUUCAAGGUCAUCUUCUCGACUUUUCUACACGACUUCAAGUGCUACAGCAAGUUCUCGGAUUCCGUCUUUGCGAGAAGUGUCUUUGACAAGUACACGUACUGCUUGCGUACCGUACGGGCAGAUUUCAGCUUGGUGCAUAGCGUCUGCGUCGAAUACCAAGCGCAAUGUAAGGCAAUCUUUGGCAUGUCAGCGUCAAUCACGGUCCAUGCUACAUUACAUCUGGCUAGGCUAUGUAUGGAGUCAAAGCGCUACGAGGUUCUCGCGAUCGAGCUGUUUGAAGCGCUGCUGCACAUCGAGUGCGCCGAGAUUGACCACGAGGAGAUUUGUGGUUAUCUCGAGUCCAUCUAUGAGUCGCAGACGGACGUGCUUACCUCGACGACCACUUCCACCACCACAACAGUCACUCUUUCAUCCGAGCAGGUACAGAGGGCGAUCAAGACACUGAGAAAGCGUGUGACGACGAUCCGCGAAACCCAUGGCUGGGCGCAUGAAGAAUCGCUUUGCAAAUUGAGCGAGCUUAUCAAAUUCUAUAGCACCUCUACGACAACCACUAAGGAGGAGUCGACAAUCCGAAUCGAGACGAUCCUUACUGAGCUGAGAGAGGCGACUGUUCAUAUCUUGUCCGAGGAGACAUCGUCGGUCCGUCUUAUUGCCGCCGCUUCAACAAUCGCAUCAAGUUAUGUGUCCUCGGAGUUAGUUCACAAAGCCAUCGAGAUCAAGCAUGAGCUUUACCGCCAAAUCAUUAUGAAGAACGCGAAGCAGGUCGCGUCUUGUGGAUUCAACUUGACGCACAGGAAUCGCGAGGUCCUCGUCUUUCUGGCCGAGUUCGAGUACACCCUUUGCCGGCACAGCAAAACCAUCACUGUGACGGAUAUCCUGGCGCAGCUCACAACGCAGUACCUCUACUUUACCGAGUUCCGAGCUCUGAUCUCAGCAAAGACGUAUGAUUUCUGCUCUCUCGUAGCCGCCACGUCCCGCCUCUAUGGCCACUUGCAGAGCUGCGAACGAUUUGACGCUGCGGACGAAGUAUUUGCCGAUUUCGCCAAGUGCUUCACCAGCCACGCGGCGAAGACAGUCAAGUUUGCCAAGGGUUCACACAGCACAAUCUUCCUGCAGAGCGUACUGCAAUACUUCAGCAAGCACCGCUCCAGCAAUUUCCUCAGGUCUGUGUGUAUCGGUGCCGUCCGUGAUGUGCAGCACUUGCUUCAAGAAGGCAAGUACGAAGGUGCAAUCGACCUGGCGACCGCCGUCUUCACGUACGUAUCCACACAACAGCCCGAUUGCCAGGAACGAGAUGUAGCCAGGACGGUCCUCAUUAUGGGCUUGACACUUGCUGAAGGGACAGGUGCCAGCCAUGGCGACCACCACCAUCACCAUCACCACAGUCACGCGGACAAGGAGCACUCUCCCUCUCCUAAACCCCGCCUUACCAACGCCCUCCCCCCGGGCGCGUCUGCCAUUUUGGUGACCAAGUACUUGCCCGUCAAGGCGAACGCUGCGACCAUGGCUCAGCUGCUCAGCGCCUCCACGCCCAUCACCCGAUUCUCCCUACGCAUCCUGCUCAAGAAGACAAACAUGUCUCUGAUCCCGCUGCCCCAGCUGGACCGUCUGAUCUCCAUCAUCGGCUCCCAACGGGACUACACCACCCUUUCCGACCUGCUGACGUCCCUGUGGACGUCCUCGCGUGACAACUGCGCCGCAGCGGUGGCCGGGGACCAGAAGCGCGCCAGCGCAUGGCCGCGGCAUAUCACCAGUGCGCUGUCGCAACGGGUCAUCCUCUCGCGCUAUCUGGUUGGCGACACGCCUGGCGCCGUGAGGCUGGCCGAGGAUGUCGUCUACAACUCGCGCCGCGUGCACGGCUCGCAGCACGGCAGGACGCUCGACAUGGGCCGCUUCCUGGCGAGCAUGUACACGACUGUGGCCCUGCGGUACCUGCAGCAGAGCAAAGACGGCAAGAUCGCGGGCAUGCCAGCGCGCUACCUCAAGAAGGCGGCCGCAGUGCACGAAGGGGUCUUGCGGAGCUUCAGUGAGGUUGGCUUCGUCGACAUGGAGGGACCCGCGAUGUCAUGGGACCACUCCAACGCUGAUUCGAGGUCCAGCGCCAGUGGUGUCGCUGGCAUCCAGAUCGCUGCUGCUGAGGAACCCUUCAUAUUCUCAUCCAAUGUCGACGGGACCUGCGGCGGUCACUUUAUGCCCACUGGUGACAGGGUAAGGCUGCAUUUCCGUCUACUGAAGCUCGCUGUGCAGAGGUUAGGCGCCUGGCCGAAGGAUUAUAAGGAAUAUGAGCGGCUCAAUGCCGAUGUAUUCCGCGAGUUCUCUGACAGCAUGCGCGGCGUCGAUGGGGUCGAGAAGUGGGAUUUCACAAAGUUUGGCAAGGGCAAGGCUGAGGGUUCUGACGACAUUCUCGACAUUGAAGGUUUUAGGGAGUGGAGUUUAUUGUCUGGCGAUAACAUACAUGUCUCUAACUAG